AAACACAGAAGCCCGUGAAACGCGUGUUGUUAGGAUGAGCCGACCUGUUUGGAGGAUGACCCCGCUGUUUGCGUAAAUCUGGAUUUUGUUGAUGGAUGCAGAUGCGACAGUGAUCCUUUGCCGGUAGAUUCAGGUGUGCAGCCAUGGCUAACCUGCAGCAGGAAUACCCCAGGGUCCUCCUGGGCAUCCUGGAGGAACUGGCCAACAUGCGGCAGUGGUUGUCGUUCCAGGACCUCUGUCGCAUGGUCAGCACCCGAUUCGAUCUAGAGCACCUCACUGAGCUCAGGAGUUUGCUGUUUUCUGCCGCCAGUACUGACCCCUGUUUCCCAGCCACUCUGUUCAGAGACCGGGUUUCCACCAGAGGACAGGGGCUGUCGCCCAUAGGCGUCGCCGCAGAUAUAGUGACUAUCUUCAACCUUAUCCAGAUGACGGGUGGGGUUUUGGACGAUCAUCCAAUGAGGGGGCAGACCGUCCUCCCUGUAGACCAGUCCCCGGGCCCCAAUCUGCCUGGAAUCUACCAGCUGAACAUUCCUGGUCGAGAAAGAGCACGUGCGCACUCCGACUCUGGCGGCAGGUCUAUUGAUCAGCACUUGCUUUUUCCAAAAUCAAAUUACUCCGCCCACAAGAGAGGAAGUCUUCCCCCGGAUCCCACCUCGCUCCUGUCCUCCCCUCCCAUCAGGGCGAGGGCUGUGUCUUUUGAUCUGCCUCACACCACACUCCUGUACGCCAGUGGUCAAGUCCCUAACGAGGUUAUGAAGAACAUCUACAUGCCUCUGGACACCGACAGUGAGUCUAGUGGCGAUUCUGCUCCCAUGGAGGUGUUUGAUGCUGAAAAAGGAUCAUCAGUCGACCAGAAGAGAAACAUCUUUAAAAAGGACUUCCACAACCAACCGCCUUUAAUCCCCCAGGUGACCGUUAACAGCGAAUCUCCGAGUCCAAACCCAGGGAAGAAAGGCUUCGACAAUCAGAGCUUUGAUUUGAUCCAAAAUCCCUACCCGUCACCUGUUCUAGUUCACCAGCCACCAGAUGAGCGGGCUAAACAUGAGAGCAUCGACGACCUGCAGGAUUCGACCUACUUUGGACCCGGAUCCGUCCCAGAGUCAUCUCCACGGCAGAUUCAGUCGAAUAGGAAAAAAAGGCCCAUCUGGAGCAAUAAAAGCCAGAGUCUUGAGGACCGGAUCGGCUUGAGCACCAUUGAAAAGGGGAUGGAAUUACUUGCGGGGCAACUUCCAAGACGCUCGACCCCAGCUAUGAACAUUGUGGGGAUGUCUGCGGGAGGUGAGACUGGAGACGGCGAUGGAGUCAAAGCUCAGGGAACACAAACAGACCUACCAGAUGCCCGGCGGCUCCGUAGCCUGGUCCACGCCGAUCGUCUCUCCUUCAUGACGUCGUUAGAUGACCCAGAGUUUUGUGAGGACGACAUCAGCGUCAUCUUUCGUUUCCUGGACGAUAUAAGCAUGUGCGGCUCCACGGGAGUCCUGCACCCCAGCGAGAGCACGGCUAACCAGGACACCCACGAGGCCAGGCGUGGCCGCCUCGGUCAGCUCCAAAGGCUUUUCCACUCGUUGGAAAGUAGUGACGACGGGCUGAAGGCCAGCGUCUGUAAGCUGCUGCUUCGCAUGAGCCAGAUAGAGAGACAGCUGGAGUCACUGAAUGACGUGAAGGCUGAGAUUUCCCAGGUGCUCUCUGCUCUGCAGCGGCUGGACGAAAAGAUCCAGCAGCCGGUCAGCGGGGGUGGCGGUCAGGACACCGGCGGGAGGUGGUUGGAGCCUCUGAGUGGUGUCUCCUCUUUUAUGAGUCAUCCCGUGUCUCCCUCGGAUGCAUCAGACGCCCAGCCUCUGUCUGGGCGUCUGUUUCCUGGGACCAGUACAACUAGUCUGGACUGGAGCCGAUGGAACACCUCUGGGGAUCCAACAGAAAGCAACAAAGCUCAGGCGGAUUCUAAAAGCGUGAAAGACAUCAAGAAGGAUGCCUCCUUUCGUCAUGCUUCCAAAACGCCGCCUGAAGAGAAAAGCGUCUCUGACUCGAAACAUCUGAACGUUCCAAAUUCUGCAAGAGAUUGGAUUGUGUCGUUUUCAAAAACUAAAGAUGGAAAAGAUUCUCAAAGAAAAAAUCGACAGGCAGAACAAUCAGGCAGCACCACCAACCUACUCUCCCAAAAGUCCACCAGCCUGGUGGAGCAAGUGUUUAACUCGUCCUUGUUUCGUCACAAAGACAGCAGUCUGACAGGCGGGCUGUCCUCUGGGAAGGUCAUGGAGCCCCGGCUGACCGAGGGGAGGGGAAGGCCCAUAUGGACCGUGGACGACAGAGAGGCACGCAUCUCCCCUCUGGAUUUACAGGGUCAGGAGUCUCUGAACCCCAAUAACAUGGAAUUUUGGAUGGACGACAUCUACACCCCGGGCUACGACGCUCUGCUGAGGCGUAAAGAGGCGGACCUCCGCCGGGCCAGGGCCUGCAAGCUGCUCGGACUCAUCGUCGUCGCAGUGGCGAUCAUUCUCAUCAUCGUCAUUCCUGUCUGCACUAUGAGCAUCUGAAAGACUCGCAGGCAGUUUUUAUCGUAGUUGCUUUUUGUCAGCGGCUUUCUGCUGCAUGCAGGAACUUGCACGUCAAGGAAAUUAGUAGAUGAAAGCUGGUGACGCUCUCAAGCUGGACAGUCUGUACCUCAUACCGUUCCUCUGCAUGCCACAUACUGAUUAUGUCCCCAAGAUCGGAGGAUCUGGAACCCUCAAACCACACAAGCCAUUCCCACAUGCAGCUUUGGAAAAAAAAAAAAAAAGGUCAAGCUAUUUAUUUAAUGAAUUACACAAACACCUGCUGUUGCACAUGUUGAAGGAAGUGAUCCCGAG